AAAAAGCUGACGUGGGUGGUCUGUGCUCGGAGACGACUCUGGCAACAUGCGGUGUCUAUUGAUAUUGGGGUCUUUGCUUAUAAUAUCGGCAACCUACUGUUUACCAUCGCCAUGUGAGUGUAACACAGAUCGAGGCUCAAUCAUCGUUACAGACAAGCCGCCUGUGAUCCAGUCUCCCACCGACAAAACUCCUGAUGGGCCUCGAACGGAAAUUAUAUCCAAAGUUUCAAGAAAUUCAUCACAACUCAAAACCAAAUCUAACACCAAAAGCAAGGAAAAAGUAAAGACCAAACUAAGGAAAGACGGCAGUACCGUCACAAUCAUUGUCGACAAAACCAAGACCAAAAAUAAAACGAAAUUAUUGACCGAUUCCUACGACCAGACGAACCACACCCUCAUACAAGGCGGAAUCGAAGAACAAGAUAGUUUAACAAAAGAACAACAACAAAGAUUAAAAGAAAUAAAAAUUGCCAAGAAUGUCACUCGACAUAAAAUUGUAACCAACCCGGAUGGAACUAUCAGGUCAGACACGGUUAAAACAAAGCUUUCAGAGAAAGAUAAAAAGUUCGUAAAGACUAAAGAACUGGAGAGUUUAGUGCGUACAAAGAAGACAGUGACCACCGAAGCGCCGGGGUGUAUUACUAUUACUCUCCCCCCGACAAAGACAACUGAAACGCCGUGUAUAACAAUCCCGCCGACGCCGCCGCCGAAAAAGACAACGACCACUGAAGAGCCGGUGUGUAUAACAGUCCCGCCGACGUAG